AUGCCCGGGGUGGACGGGAAGAUAGUCUCAGAUCACCGCCAACAACUAGGUAUCCCGCUCCGAUUCCCGUGGAUCGUGGACGACAACACUCCAAGCCCGGAGAGACGUUGCCUCUUCGGACAAAGCGGCCAAUCUAACAAAUCGACGGCCUCGAGACUGGAAGCCCGCCGGCCCCAAUGUCUCGGUGCUGUCGUUCAUGCCCCCGCCCACACUGCCCGUCCGCCGUUCUCUUCUGUUGGUAGACUGCUAAUACCAAAGGGCCCUGGCUCUUCUCGCCACAUCGCUGUCAGCAAUGGGACGGUCGAGACUCGGUCCCGCCUCGUGUGGACCACGUUAGUCCCUCGUGAGAAAACGCUUUCUCCGAAUGGCAUCCUCUUUCUCUGCUGCCAUGAGGGUCGUAAGCAUGGCUUUUACAACUUCCGCAUGCAGUUCAAAUGUGUCCUUCAUCCCCCUUCAAUACUGAUCAAAAGACCAUCACGGUUCCACAGACUAGAGAGGUCGAACGUAGGUCCGGACCCUGGAGAAUUCGGAACCCACUCCGACGUGCCGUGGAUUUGA